AUGGUGCGGGAGGAACAGCUUCUGGAGGUGCAAGCCAACACCGCCUACAACCACCACCUCCUCCAGGAGCACCUACAGGCGGAGCAGUGCCUCGCCACCAGCAAGGUGGUCACGCCUGAUGCGGACCUGGCUGAGGAGGAGGCAGUGCUCGAGUCCUAUCGCUUCACUCAGAAACAAUUGGAAGCACCGAGGUUUACAAUCGAGGUCCUGUUCACCUAUAACACCGGAACAAAACAAAAACGCCACCGCCCCGCCACACCCGCACACUCCUCCCCCUCCGCCGACCUUACCUGCGCCGCCGCCCGGGCCCCGCCCCGCGACCUCCUUCCUCCGGCGCCCCCGCUCCCACCGUCCCCACCCCACCACCACCAGCCAUCUGCCCGGCAGCCAGCAGAAAUCGGUCCUCCCCUGCCCCGCCUUCUUCUCCCGCCCGCCGGCGCCGCACAGGCAGUGGCCCGUCCAACCUACUACCUUCGGUGGCAAGCCCCGCCCAGCAACCACUGGAUCUGGUGGGAUCCGGCUGCACCUCCCCUCGUCUCCCGCUCCUCAAUGUCUCCGCCGCCACACGGGUCUCGGCCGCCCACCCUCCCCACGCCGCCCCGCCGGACGGCCGGAGUAGCACCGGAGGCGAGCCGCCCCUCCUCUCUCUCCUUUCCUUCUUCCUCCUCCUUACCCCUCCUCAUACACUUCUUUCGCAGGAACUGCCAUGGCCAUCUCAAGCUCGCCCGUCGCCGUAGCUCUGGAUUCGGCCGCCGUCUGCCAGAUCCGCUCCAGCAUGCAGUUUGCCUGGGUAACUCGAUGAGUGCGGAUGGGUGCUUUGUUGCAGUCUGGCCCCCGACGGCGUGCAGUACGUCAGUCACAUUGGUGCAGCUCGCUGGCGUGCGUGCAGUCCGUCGAGGUCCCAUCCUCCUUCCCUGCGCGAGCACUACCGGCAAGGCAUCACCAGUGCCCCCGUCCACUUCCAUGGUGAGCUCUGUCGUGCGUGGGACGCUGGUGAUCUGGCACGACCACCCCGACGAGCGGCUUUGGUCACUUGUUCUCCAGACAGUAGUCAACCAUUAUUCUCCGUACCGCUUUGGUCACUCAGUGCAUCAGCUCCAGUCAGAAGGCGAGGAGUGGAUUAUGAGUGUCGACUGACCCUGCAGAAUGUAACAACACCCAUCAUGAUGUUAUAAUAGUCGCUCACAGCUCGCUACAGGAAUUUUGCACAUGGAUACAGGCAUCAACUGGCGGUUACUACUCUUAGACACACAAACGGAUGUACAUAUUUCAGAAAAACCUUUUCUAAACUUGUCUGCACUUUCA